AUGAAGCAGCUAACGUCCCUGCAGCAGCAAGGCCGCCGGAGCAACAGCUUCCGGGGCGCGUCGUCGCCUCUGGAAGCCACCAUCGACGGCGCAAUCAAAUCGCCGGUGACGAUAUUCUGGCUGCUCUUCCACGGCCUGUGCUGCUUGAUUAGCUUGGUCCUCGGCUUCCGGUUUUCUCGGCUUGUGUUCUUCCUCCUCUUCUCCCCUUCUUCUUCCCCCUCCGCCAAAACCAGCAUAUACUCCACUCUUCACACGACGCUGCCAUCCUCAGCGACGCCGGAGAGGAACUUUUCCGGAGUCGGCGGCGGGAGCAGGGUGGUGGUCGGGAGGCACGGGAUACUGAUUCGGCCGUGGCCGCAUCCGGAUCCAGUUGAGGUGAUGAAGGCGCACCGGAUUAUUGAGAGGGUUCAGCUGGAACAGAGGUCUCAGUACGGGGUUAAGAAUCCCAGAACUGUGAUUGCUAUUACGCCAACUUAUGUACGUACUUUUCAGUCUCUGCACCUCACCGGCGUGAUGCAUUCUUUGAUGAAUGUGCCCUAUGAUCUCAUCUGGAUCGUGGUGGAAGCCGGCGGCCCCACCAACGAGACCGCCUCACUGAUCGAAAAGUCGGGAUUGAAAACUAUCCACAUUGGAUUUGACGGGAAAAUGCCUCUUCUAUGGGAGGAUCGGUAUAAGCUUGAAUCGAGGAUGAGGCUCCAUGCUUUAAGAGUAGUUAGGGAGAAGAGAUUAGACGGGAUUGUGAUGUUUGCCGAUGACAGUAAUAUGCACAGUUUGGAGUUGUUUGAUGAGAUUCAGAAUGUGAAAUGGGUGGGUGCGGUUUCAGUUGGAAUUCUUGUGCAAGUGGGCAGUUCAGAAGAAGUAGAAUUGCCUGUAGAUCAGAUAGACGAAAAUGGAAAAGAUGAAAAGAAAUCACAGUUACCGAUUCAAGGCCCGGCUUGCAACUCUUCAAACCAAUUGGUCGGCUGGCACACUUUCAAUACUCUGCCGUUUGUGGAGAAGCGGGCGAGGUAUAUUGGUGACAGGGCAGUUGUGCUGCCGAGGAAGCUCGAGUGGGCUGGGUUUAUAUUGAACUCAAGGUUGGUUUGGGAGGUAGCAGAGGCAAAGCCAACUUGGGCUAAAGAUUGGGAAGAGGUGGAUAGGGAUGGGGAGGAUAUGGAGAGCCCGUUAACUUUGUUGAAGGAUACUUCGGUGGUCGAACCUCUUGGUAGCUGCGGGAGGAAAGUUUUGCUGUGGUGGCUGCGCGUGGAGGCAAGGGCUGAUAGCAAGUUCCCCCCGAGAUGGAUAAUCGACCCUCCCCUUGAAAUUACCGUGCCGGCAAAACACACCCCAUGGCCGGAUGCUCCUCCCGAACUCCCAUCCACCACCGACAAAAUGAUUGUUAUGCCUGAGAUCACUGAGAAACGCCCAGCAAAGAGUGGCUCGAGAAGAAAGCGCAACUCGAGAAGCAAGAAAAAGCACGGCUCAAAAGUGCUGGACGAGCAAAUUACAGCUAGGCGUACUGGGGAUAAUUAG